AUGGUCGCAGCCGGUCUGCUCGUUCUCUCCUCCCUCCUCCCCUUCGUCCUCGCACUCCCUACCGUUGAGCGGCUCCACGUGCUCAAGGCGCGCUCGGACGUUCCCAACGGCUUCUCGUGGAAGGCCAAGGCGGCGGAGACGCAGACACUCACCCUCCGCCUUGCGCUCACCCAGAGCAACACCACCGGGCUCCAGGAUGCGCUGUUCGACGUCAGCGACCCCAACAGCGAGAACUACGGUCACCACCUCUCCAAGGCCGAGGUGGACGCGAUGAUCGCGCCUUCGGUGGAGAGUGUGGAGAAGGUCACCGCGUGGCUGUCGAAGAACAACAUCACGGCGCAGACGACCUCGGACGCGGGCGACUGGAUGAAGAUCACCGUGCCCGUCGCGCAGGCGAACGCGCUCCUCAACGCGGACUUCAACGAGUACACGCACGACGGCUCCGCGUCGACCUCGGUCCGCACGCUCGCGUACUCCGUCCCCGACUCCGUCAAGGACCACAUCCAGUUCAUCUUCCCCACGACGCAGUUCAUCCCGCCCGUCAACCGCACCGGGCCGAUAUUCGAGGUCGCGGACCUGCCGCGGACCACGAAGCGUCGCCGCGCCGGCCGCUCGAAGCGUGCGGCGGUCCCUGCAGAGUGCGACACGCAGAUCACGCCCGAGUGUCUGAUCGCGAUGUACAACAUCCCGACGACGGCCUCCUCGGCGACUGGCAACAGCCUCGGAGUCGCGUCCUUCCUUGACGAGAUCGCGAACCAGGCUGACCUGACGGAAUUCAUGACGGUGCUCCGCCCAGACACCAAGCCAGGCACCUUCGACGUCGUGUCCAUCGACAACGGUAUUUCCGACGUCAACACCACUGGUACCACGGAGGCUACCCUCGACAUCCAGUACACCGUCGGCAUUGCCACCGGCGUCCCCACGACGUUCUUUUCCGUCGGUGACAAGACGCAAGACGGCGACUUGAGCGGCUUCCUCGACGUCAUCAACACGCUCAUCAAGGCCGACAGCCCUCCCCUUGUUCUCACCACCUCCUUCGGCUUCAACGAGGCUGCCUUCGAGGCGGAGCCCGAGCUUGCCAACAACCUGUGCAACGCCUACGCGCAGCUUGGUGCUCGUGGCACGUCCAUCCUGUUUGCUUCCGGCGAUGGCGGCGUUUCUGGAUCGCAAGCCAACAACGCAUGCAACGGCCGCGAGUUCCUUGCCACCUUCCCGUCUGGCUGCCCGUUCCUCACCUCCGUCGGCAGCACGCAGAACAUCAAGGAGACCGCCGCUGACUUCUCGUCCGGCGGCUUCUCGAACAUCUUCGCGCGCCCGAGCUACCAAGACAACGCGGUGUCCGGCUACCUCACCACGCUCGGGAAGACCAACGCGGGCCUCUUCAACACCUCCGGCCGCGCCUACCCCGACGUCUCCGCCCAGGGCGUGAACUUCGUGAUCGACAUCGCCGGCCGCGGCGCCGGCGUCUCCGGCACCUCCGCGUCCUCCCCCGUCUUCGCCGCCGUCGUCGCCCUCCUCAACGACGAGCUCCUCAACCAGGGCAAGUCCCCGCUCGGCUUCCUCAAUCCGCUCAUCUACCAGUCCGGCGCCGCCGCGCUCAACGACGUCACCACCGGCUCGAACCCCGGCUGCGGCACCCAGGGCUUCCCCGCCGCCGCGGGCUGGGACCCGGUCACCGGCUUCGGCACCCCCGACUUCACUAAGCUCCUCGCGCUCGUCACCGGCUCCGCGGUCUCGUCCGGCAACGGCACCGCCGCGUCGUCGAGCUCUGCGGCCGCGUCGAGCUCCGCGGCUGCGUCGGGCUCUGCCGCCUCCUCGGCUUCCGCGACCGGGACCUCCGCCGACGCGUCGAGCGCGGCUGCUACUUCCACCGACGCGUCGUCCGCGGCCGCGACUUCCACCGACGCGUCGAGCGCGGCUGCGACUUCUACCGACGCGUCGUCCGCGGCCGCGACUUCCACCGACGCCGCGGGCGCGGCCGAGACCUCCACCGAUGCUGCCAACACGGAUACCGCCGCUGCGGCUGAUACGAAGACCGUCACCUUGACGGUCACCGCGACUGUCACCGCGGGGGCUGCCGCGACCACAGGGAAGGGCCGGAAUGCAUCGAAGCACCACAACUGA